AUGAAAGCCCCCAAUUGCACUUCCCCAAACCUGAGCAACACCGAGGAGGGAAACAAAAGCAAAGCCAAGAGCGGCGCCAAAUGGAGCGAUGCAAAGGAAAAGGAACAAAAAAAGACCACCACCCUGGUGAAAACGCGCAAAGAAGAAGCAAACACAAAACAAACGAAUAAAAAAAAGACGAACCCAAAUGGAAUAACGAAAGGGGAAGAAAACUCCAUAGACGCCAACAAAGUAGAAGAGAAUAUAAAAAAAAUUGAAAAAUCGAUGAACAAAUUAGAAGAGAUAGAAAAGAAAAUCGUCGAGGAUAUUAACGAGUGUAACAAGUACAUCGAAGUUUAUGAAAAAGCCAAGACCCUUUUAGACUCCAAAGAUUUUGACAGCGAUGUAGGUAGAGAAGAAGAAAUUGAAGAAAUCAAAAAAAUACUUAAAAGGUGCUCCAAAAAUGUAGACGGCGAAGGUAUAUUUCUGACGGGUCCCAGUGGCCAGGGAAAAACAUACAGCAUAUUUUACAUCAUUAAGGAGAUAGAAAAGGAGAAGGAAAGGGAGCAGCGGGCGGAAGAUAAAAAAAAGAAGAAAGAAAAUACAGCCAUAGAGAAUUACAAAAACAUCGACGCGUCCUACUUUUACGUUUCCUGCUCGAAUAGCCAAAAACCAUAUGACAUCUUCGUAGACAUCCUACAACAGAUAAUAAAGAAAGACAAAAAGUCCAUUCUUAGUACCGUCAAGCAGAAGUAUAACCUAAAUGGCCUGGAGGAGGUGAAGAAGGUCUUCAUUAAUUAUACCAGCAAAUUGAGCAAUUUAAAAAUCGUCAUUGUGGACGAGCUAGAUUUUAUUGCAACGAAAAAUGUGCGAGUGGAAUUAAAAACGAAAAGUGUUAACAAAAGCUCCAAUGAAGACGUAGUGAAAAAUCUCUUCGAAUGCGUCCAAACGGCGAAGAGUAAAAUAAUACUUGUUGGAAUUGCCAACAGCUUGGAUUUAAUAAAAGACUAUACGCACAUGAAAAUUAACCAAAUUAUCUACAAACCGUAUAAUGAAAAGCAAUUCAUGAGCAUUGUGCGAAAUAAGUUAAACACCCUGGAGGAAGAAUUCGUCACCAAGAUUUUCAAAGGAGUGUCCCUAAAUAUACACGUUAGGCAAAUUUCUAACCGAAAUGGGGAUAUCAGAUCCUGCUUCGAUGCCAUCUUGAGAGUCUUCUCGGAUAAAAAAUCCGACCUCGAUGAGAGAAAAAAAAAUCUUAUCAAAUUGAAGGAAGAAGUUAUGAUGAAUAAAAUAUUCAGUAGGCAGGAGAAGAGGAACCUCUUUCUGCUCCUCGCCGAUCGGGAGGAGGACCACUCGACGGAUGCGAUGGACGGGGAGGAAAGCCAACACAGCGAAAGUGAACAGCCCGAUGGGGAGGCGAACCGAAAAGGGAAGCGAAAGGCGACACACGGGAGGGAAGACCAGGCAAACGAAGGGGUCACUAAUGUAGGGACGAAUCAGCCAAACAGUCCUCCCCGCGAGAACGGCCAAACGCACAGAACAACUAAAAAGCAAAAGGUAGAAGAGAAAAAUACCCCCAAUUCGAAGGACCAACCAGAGGACAACUUCUUCCUGGAGCAGAAUGUAACCCCUCUGCCAAGCCGUCGCGACUUUGAGCUAGCCAACAAAUUCAGCGAUAAGGCAAAAAAUCUAAAAUUCACAGACCAGAAAAAUGAGUUCUCCAUCGGAUACGAAACGCUAAAGAAGGAGGUCAUCAAAAUACAAAACAACAACGAAACGUUAAGUGAAAUUCUGAUAAGGAAAAAUUUCAACGCAAAUGAUAACGCCUCUUUUUACAACCUCAGUCAGUGCACACCCAAGCGGUGUUAUGAAAGCCCCUUCAAGGUGCUAUACAAAAAUGACAUAGAUAGCGAAAUGCCCCAUUUUAAAGAUAAAAAGGAGGUACUAAAAAAUAUAAAUAUGGAAAAACUACACUCAUUUGAUACAAUCGUUGAUAAUCAAAUAAAAAGCAUCGAAAAGAAGUACCACGAUUUUGCCGAAACGGCAAAUAAUAACACUGUAAUGAUCUCGGACAUAAAAAAAAUAACCGACAAAAUCCCGUUAGAGGAACAUAAAGAUAUUCUUUUCAAAAUUAAGAGCCUCCCUUUAAUUCAAAAAAUUUACCUCUACGCUUCGUGCAAUGUCGUGAAUGAUGCUCAUUUAAAUUCGGACGAUGAGGAAGGCGACUCUGAGGAAAAGAAACAGAGUCCAAUUCAGUUCAUCGAAAUUACCUACGCGGAUAUACAACGAGGGUUUAGAAGCCUCUGCAGCAAUCUUUCGGAGACCUCCUACAUAAGGGACAUACUCGAGGGAAACACUAUUGAUCAGGCCAUCGAACAUUUUGAAGAACUUGGCAUUCUAACUAAUUGCAAAAAGAACCAAAAAAUGAAGGAAAGAAAAAGCUGCGUAAAAGUCCCCAAAGGGUUAACCCCCAGAUUUGCAAACAUGAAAAACAACAAAAACUUUUCAUCGCAGAAUAAGAUGAACACCGUCUACUACUUCAACCUCCCCGUGUGUGUAAUUAAGCAGACGCUCAAGGAAAUCUCCUCCAUCCUUUCGAGCUUUGACCGCAGUGGCCAGUUCUGA